UUGCCUACAUCCAUCCAUCCGAACGGACCGAAACGAGUGAGAACAGGACAGCGUCACACAUGCAUGACUUCUGGGGAGAACAUAAAAUAUACUAGAAAGUCUGGGGGGAUCGCGCGGCAAACGUUGCGUCCUUCAUCUGAGUCUGCUGCUACUUCUAUUCGUCUGAAAUGGCUUCUUUCGAGAAUAAACUCGUCGUCAUCACCGGCGCCGCUUCCGGUAUCGGCCGGGCCACGGCCAAGAUCCUGGCCAGCCGCGGCGCCCUGCUCUCGCUUUCGGAUGUGAGCGAGACUGGCCUAAAAACCCUAAAGGAAGAGAUCCAGAGUGCGAGGGGGGAUGCCGCGAAGGGGACCAGCGACGGCACGGACCCCGUCUUCACCUCGCCGUGCGACGUGCGCUCGCAGGCAGCGUGUGACGCCUGGAUCGCGGGGACGAUGGCGCACUUCGCGGGGCGCAAGAUCGACGGGGCGGCGAACCUGGCGGGGGUGGUGACGCUGCCCCAGGCAGCGGCGUGCGACGGUCGCGACAGCAGCGACGCCGAGAUCGACUUCAUCUUCGGGGUCAACGUCCGGGGCACCAUCAACUGCCUGCGCUCGGAGCUGCCGCACAUGCGGGAGGCCGGCGUCGGCGCCCCCGCCGCUGAAGGCAGCGCCAUCGUCAACGCCGGCAGCUUGUCCGGCCUCAUGGGCCUAGGCGGCUACAUGCCCUACGUCGCGAGCAAGCACGCCGUCAUCGGGAUAACGCGCACCGUGGCCAAGGAGGAAGCUCCCAGGGGCAUCCGGGUGAACGCUAUCGCGCCCGGUUUGAUCGAUACGCCGAUGCUCCAGGCAGUCGCGGCGUCCAUGGGCAAGACGGCGUCUGCAGACAUGUACGGCAGGGGACCCACGGCGGCCCUGGGCCGCCUAGGAACGGAUCUGGAGGUAGCCGAGGUAGUGGCCUUUCUCCUGAGCCCACAAAGCGGCUACAUCACUGGCCAGCCUAUCACCAUUGACGGAGGCAUGUCCUGCGCAGGUUAGGUCGGCGAGACUGACGGCAGCGGGGAAGGACGGAAGCGGAUGGAAACUCUCUAGGCUUUCACGUAGGCAUUCGUUCAUCGAGCGAUCUCGCGGAGGGCAAAUAUGAUGGUUGUUAAUGACAAGAGCGAGUUCCGUUUUCGGGUUCUGAAGUUCGGGUGUUAGUUCGGUAUUACUUGACGAUCAUUCCUGUGGCUGAUCUUCUGGAUUGGGGUUGUCAGCUGAUUGUAAUACGGCGCCGACUUAUCUCGGCAAGUGUAGAUGCAUC